GGACGGCUGGGGCUGUGAAGAGAGGUGCGGCGUGACUGAGCUACCGGGUAUGGCUGUGUCCUAGAGGCAUCCGCGGCAGUAAAACCGCGGCGAUCGCGGAGGCGGCGGCCAGGCCGAGAGGCAGGCGGGGCAGGGGUGGUGGACGCAGGGGCGCUGGGCCCGGUUUCGGCCUCAGCCAAAGCUUCUUUCUCAAGGUGCAAUGAAAGUCCUACACAUUUUCUGUGUUGUCCUUCUGGUGUUUGGGAGUGUCUCUGAAGCCAAGUUUGACGAUUUUGAGGAUGAGGAGGACAUAGUAGAGUAUGAUGAUAAUGACUUUGCUGAAUUCGAGGAUGUCAUGGAAGACUCUGUUACUGAAUCUCCUCAGCGAGUCAUAACCACUGAAGAUGAUGAAGACGAGACCACUGUGGAGUUAGAAGGGCAGGAUGAAAACCAAGAAGGAGAUUUUGAAGAUGUAGAUACCCAGGAUGGAGAUACCGAGAGUGAACCAUAUGAUGAUGAAGAAUUUGAAGGUUAUGAAGACAAACCAGAUACUUCUUCUAGCAAAAAUAAAGACCCAAUAACAAUUGUUGAUGUUCCUGCACACCUCCAGAACAGCUGGGAGAGUUAUUAUCUAGAAAUUUUGAUGGUGACUGGUCUACUCGCUUAUAUCAUGAAUUACAUCAUUGGGAAGAAUAAAAACAGUCGCCUUGCACAGGCCUGGUUUAACACUCAUAGGGAGCUUUUGGAGAGCAACUUUACUUUAGUAGGGGAUGAUGGAACUAACAAAGAAGCCACAAGCACAGGAAAGUUGAACCAGGAGAAUGAGCACAUCUAUAACCUGUGGUGUUCUGGUCGAGUAUGCUGUGAGGGCAUGCUUAUCCAACUGAGGUUCCUCAAGAGACAAGACUUAUUGAAUGUCCUGGCCCGGAUGAUGAGGCCAGUGAGUGAUCAAGUGCAAAUAAAAGUAACUAUGAAUGACGAAGACAUGGAUACCUAUGUAUUUGCUGUUGGCACACGGAAAGCCUUGGUGCGGCUACAGAAAGAGAUGCAGGAUUUGAGUGAGUUUUGUAGUGAUAAACCUAAGUCUGGAGCUAAGUAUGGACUGCCAGACUCUUUGGCCAUCCUGUCAGAGAUGGGAGAAGUCACAGACGGGAUGAUGGAUACAAAGAUGGUUCACUUUCUAACACACUAUGCUGACAAGAUUGAAUCUGUUCAUUUUUCAGACCAGUUUUCUGGUCCAAAAAUUAUGCAAGAGGAAGGUCAGCCUUUAAAGCUACCUGACACUAAGAGGACACUAUUGUUUACAUUUAAUGUGCCUGGCUCAGGUAACACUUACCCAAAGGAUAUGGAGGCACUGCUACCCCUGAUGAACAUGGUGAUUUAUUCUAUUGAUAAAGCCAAAAAGUUCCGACUCAACAGAGAAGGCAAACAAAAAGCAGAUAAGAACCGUGCCCGAGUAGAGGAGAACUUCCUGAAGCUUACACAUGUGCAAAGACAGGAAGCUGCACAGUCUCGGCGGGAGGAGAAAAAAAGAGCAGAGAAGGAGCGAAUCAUGAAUGAGGAAGAUCCUGAGAAACAGCGCAGGCUAGAGGAAGCUGCGUUGAGGCGUGAGCAAAAGAAGUUGGAAAAGAAGCAAAUGAAAAUGAAACAAAUCAAAGUGAAAGCCAUGUAAAGUCAUCCCAGAGAUUUGAGUUCUGAUGCCACCUGUAACUUCUGAAUUCAUAGGAAACAUGAAAAACACCAGUCCAUUUCCCAGCCUGAAAUUUCAGACACUCUUGGGCAACUGAGAAAUCCUUAUUUUAUCAUCUACUCUGUUUGGGGUUUGGAGUUUUACAGAGGUUGUAGAUACCUUGAAAGGGCUCUGUUUCAAGAAUUUUUUUCAGAUAAUCAAAUUAUUUUGAUUAUUUUAUAAAAGGAAUGAAAUCUGUGUAGGUUUUAAAUAUUUUAAAAAUUAUAAUAUGAAUCAUCAGUGCUUUUGGUACUUCAGUGUUUGAAGAAAUACCAUGAAAUUUACAGGUAGAUAACCAGAUUGUUGCUUUUUGUUUAAACUAAGCAGUUGAAAUGGCUAUAAAGACUGACUUUAAACCAAGAUUCCACAAAUAAUGAUUGGAAUUGCGCAAUAAACAUUGCUUGAUGUUUU